UUGAAGUUGUGUCUGUAACCACCUCCCUUCUGUCAAAUACGCAUUAAACAGUAAACGAAUUUUACUGUAUUUUUCUCGUGAUCUGUUUAGAACGUGGUUUAAGUUGUCCUUCCUGUCUUCAGAAUGAAUUCGGGUACACUGGAGAAAACCGAUUCGCCAAAGAAACGAAUCCUCUCGCGGGGCAUGAGCGAGGAAGAGUCGCUUCGACACAUCAUUCAAGAGGCCGAACAGACACCCAAACGCCUGAACCGCAGUGACAGCAGACACGGCUUGCGCAAAAGGGGCGAAAUGAGAGAUAGCCAGAGUGAAGAGGAGCAUGCUGUGACAAAUAUGAUGGAGCUCCAGGCAAACUAUGAAGACUGCUUGCAGGAACUGCAGACUCUUGAGCUCAAACAGGAGGUGGUGUUAUUCCAGGUGGACUGUCUCCAGGAUGCUCUGCUGGGGGCUGAGGAGAUGCUUGCUGAAACACAAAGGGAGGCUCAUGAAAUCAGGAUGGAGCUGGAGCGAGAGAGAGAACGGAGGAGAACAUUGGAGGACAUGGUUGCUUCACUAACACAGGAGGUGGACUGGUUAAAAGAGGAGAAAAAAUCAGCUCUAUCUAACCUGCUUAAAAUCAGGGCAGAAGUGAACAAUGGUGAUGCUGUUGGACCAGGAGGAAAUCCUGCUGUAGAAAUAGAUGGAAAUGCACCCGAAAGAAUGCCUGUCUGUGCUCUUAGCUCAGACACAAGCCAGCAGUCACCAGGCACUAAAGAUGGACCUGCUGGAUUUUCCACUGGAAGAGUAGCUUACUUCUUGCAGAACAUGAAAGUAGAUCCCAGCUGCUCCAGGUACACUGGUUCCAUUCAGCCUCAGGGAGCUCCAGAAGGGACUUCAGUGGACAAGGAGGUCUGUGAACCUGAGCAAAGAUCAGACGUGGACCACUUGGAUCAUGUGUCCCAACAGGCUGGUCUGGAGGGUGGAGAUGGCCAGCAAGCUCAGGAUGGGGACGAAAAUGAUGAGAGUAGUGGCUAUGAAGAUGCCCGAUCAGAGUUCCUAGCUGCUUCCUCUACUCCGGAUGAGCUUCUGGAUCCAAACUUCUUGGAUCAUGUAAGGGGCUUCGACGAGUGUGAACUGAAGAAUAGCAGUGAGCCCAGGAGCCCCAAAAGUCAAGACUCCUGUGUUUUGUCUUAAGGAAGUAUCUCUCCUACAUAGCACCAGAUACUGAUUAGAGUCUAGUUUUUCUCAUGCUGUCUUUACACCAUUUUUACAAAAAACAAAAAAAACAAAAACAAAAAAACAACCAGUUCUAAACUUUAGACUUAAACUGCCUUUGCAGAGGCAAAUUAUUAUCAUCAUUAGGUGUAAUUACUAUCUUCUAGUAAAUUUUAUGUAGUAGAGAAUUGGAACCUGAACCGUUUAGCCAAAAUUGCUUUGGUCUUCUUAAGUGAUGCACUGCUAUUCUUUGCUUUCUUCCCCUGCCUUGAAAGCACCCUUUGCGACUGUUGUACAGUCCACAAUUAUGGCAGGGCUUUGUAUUUAUGAUGUAGAUAUAACAAUGCUGCUGGCAUGAGAGAUGCCAUAAUGUAGUCAAGCAGAACUGAUGCCCUGAUAAGUCAAGCAGUCUUCUUUCCCUUAUUUGAAAUGUCUCUAAUGAAUCUGAAUAUAGCUAUCAUAUAGAAAAAUGUGGUAUUUUGAGAACAUUUAGACUUGCUUUACAAAAUUCCAUUUACUUUAUAAAAUUCCAUAAGAGCUGUUUCUUGCUGUUUUUAUAAAUUUAAAAGAUCUUUCACUCUUUCAAUUUUCUAGAACCAGCCUGUAACACUAUGAUGGCAUGCUGCUAUGACUGGCAUUUAAAAUGUGUGCCUUCAGGACAAAAAUCUUUACUUUCCAAGAACUGGAUGUUCAACUGUAUUGUGCAAUCAACAAUAUGUAUUAGACAGACAUUAUCUUAGGUCAUACUCUUAUACUAGGCUAAGGCUGUAACUCUUAACAUGAUGAAGAUGCUACUAAACAACUGCCAAGCAAGUUAAAUUAUGGCAAUUCAUUAGUACUACUGACCAAAGGGGUAGCCAUGUUUAUCAUUACAUUACACAAGUACUAUGUACAUAUACAUAAAUUUCUGCUUAUGGCUGGCUAUUAUUUAUCACAAAUUGACAAAUCACUGGUAGUUACAUAUCAGAACAUUUUCUGGUGUCUUAUGCUGGAUAAGAUAAUUAAUGAAAACUUUGCAUUUGCAAUGCUGUAUAGUCCAGGAUAAACACUAUGGAAAAACACUUUGAAAUUUCACCCAGCUUAGCCCCGUGUUAUUUUCCACUGUAUACUUUAGAGCCAGUGUUUGCUCUUGGUGUUAACAUGUGCUGGAUUUGCCCUACUGAACUGGGAGAAGCUUUGAGCUGUCUUUACAUUGCAGGCCAGUGAUUCAUGUGUUUUCAUUGUUUGGUCCCUCAGGUAGCUGAGUGGAAUAACAAGUUUGUUUAGUAAUAUCAGAUUUAAGUUACAGUUGUCUGUUGUUAAGUAGCUAGAUCUAAAUCCUCUCUGUUCCCAAAAAUCUGCCAAAAAGUUAAAUGAGGCUAAUGUAUUUAGAUUCAUUAUGUCUUUGUAAAUUUCUUAUUUUUAUUAUAUGUGCUGAGUCAGUUUCGGAUGCAUCCACCGUACAGGGCCAUGGGGUAGAUUUGUCUCAUUAUUAUGCAGGGUCUUUCACACACAUAUGCAUGCAUGCACAAAGAGAGAGAGAACGAGCUAGAGAUGCCUUUAAAAUCACAGAGUAUGAGUGACAUUCUGUGGAAAUGGAUUUGUAUCUAGUUUUGUGAUUUGCACUUUCAUAACUUCCAGUCAGUUAUCUUUCAAAUGUUAAGUAAUCAAUUUCAUCACAGUGCAUGGAUUUUCAAAAAAAUAAUUUUCACACGAAAGUUUAACAGAGCAUGUAUCAGAUGUGUUAUUUUCAGAAUAAAUUUUGUACAAUUUA